AGGCUCUUCCCUCAGCCGCCACCGCCCGGCGGGACGGAGCAGGUUCUUCCGCUCUGUAGGCUGUGCCCGGAGCGGGCUGGGGGUGGCCCGGCGGAAGACGGUGAUGGAGGGGAGCAGGGAGCGCGUAGCUCGGCCGGCCGAGAAAUACCCCGCUAGGCGCGGGCGGCGGGUGCAGAGCGGAGCCACCGGCCCUCGAGUCCCAGCGGGGGCGGUGCGAGGCGGGCCGGGCUCCCCGGGUGCCGCCCGCUGCCCCCCGGCUGCGGUCCCGAGAGGCGCAGUGGGAGCGAGACCCCAUGUCCUGCCCCAGCGUGGCUUUGCUGCGGCAGGCGAGCUGAGGUCACUCGUACGCAGCCCAACGCCCUCCGUGGAACACGGCCCCCGCCUCCGCUCUCACGCCACAGGAGCCGAGAGGCAGAAGCGCCGCGUCCCCGCUGGAGAAGGAGCGAGGCCGUUCUCUGGGCAUCCUCACAGCAUCAUGACUCUCCAGGCUGACUUUGAUGGUGCUGCAGAAGAUGUAAAAAAAUUAAAAACAAGACCAACUGAUGAAGAACUGAAGGAACUCUAUGGAUUCUACAAACAGGCUACUGUUGGAGAUAUUAAUAUUGAAUGUCCAGGAAUGCUAGAUUUGAAAGGCAAAGCCAAAUGGGAGGCAUGGAACCUGAAAAAAGGUUUAUCAAAGGAGGAUGCCAUGAAUGCCUAUAUCUCUAAAGCAAAAGCAAUGGUAGAAAAAUAUGGGAUCUAGAAUACUCAAAAUAAUUCCCACUAAUAACUAACUCUUCAGCAGCUAAUGAACUGACUGUUGAGAAAACUGCAAUACUACUCCUUAUUGUAUAGUCUGACAGUAAAAUCUUUUAAGCGUAAGUUGUUUGACUGUAAAGGGUAUUUACAUACAUACUCUACUUUAGAUUGUAUCUUAUUCUAAAUAAAUUUGAGCCUAAUAAAUUACGCUUUCUG